UUCGUGGUCUUGCAAAGACACGGACGGACCGACCGGCCGAGCGUCUAAUACCAGGCGUGACGUCGUAGGUUGUUCGGGUCCGUACCAGGGUGUAAUAUUAGCCGUUCGUUCGAAAAGGAGGGACAGAUUUUUCUCCUCUCAAAUCGGAAUCCGCCGGCGGGCCUCUCCGAUCGGCAACCAAGACAAACUACGAGAUAUUUGCGCCGCGAAUGUCAUGGAGAAGGAGGUCUCCGAAGAGAUGAGUCCACCCCCUCAGCCUGUUGAUUCGCCAGAAGACACUCCGCCCUCGGAAUCCGACCCCGAGGAGCAGAAGCCUGAAAAAAAGACGCCACGGAAAUGGGCCGCUUGGACACGCCAAGAGGAAGAGAGUUUCUUCAAUGCUCUGCGCCAAGUAGGAAAAAAUUUUGAGAAGAUAACUCUCCGUGUCCAGAGCAAAAACAAGGAUCAGGUCAGACAUUACUACUAUCGUCUUGUUAGACGUAUGAAGAAGCUUCUGGGUCCUGAGUUCUCACUUGAUGCACGUAACUCCAAGGAUAUCAUUGCUGCUAUGCUCCGCUGGUGGUCUCUGCUCGACAAAUUUAGCUGCAGUGCUUCAAAGCUACAUCUGAAGCCUCGAAGAUUCAAAUCAUUUGUGGAUGCAUUGGGAAACCAGCUGCUAAAGGACAGAAAGAGAACCAGAAGAAAGUGUCCACGAGCGGAGGCACACCUAUCCUCAGCGCCAAUUCUCAGCAAGACUCCAGGAAAUCAAUCUUCGUCGGUAGAACUCUUGCCCAUGGAUGCUCAAAAUGGUAGCAAAGUAGCUUCUUCUAAAGGAGCGCUUUUCAAACGGGUCGCAGAGCCAAAUUCUAACAAGUCAGGAGUAAUCAAAGGAGAUCUCUCUGCAACAAGAACCGUGAGACAAAAAAGAAGAGCAGGUGGUGUCGGUGCAUCUGCUGCAUAUAAGAAAUGGGAGAGAGCUGCCAUGGCCGGUGUUUCUUUAGUUGCUGAUGCAGCAGAGGAGCUUGAACGCAACAGGAUGACCCAGAACUUGUCUAAUGUUGAUGCAACAAUGCCAGCUUCAUCACCGAAUAACUUGUCUAAUGUUGAUGCAACAAUGCCAGCUUCAUCACCGAGUAACUUAUCUACUGUUGAUGCAAAAAUGCCAGCUUCAUCACCGAAUAACUUAUCUACUGUUGAUGCAACAAUGCCAGCUUCAUCACCGAAUAACUUGUCUACUGUUGAUGAUGUGGGCACAAAUCAUAUGAAAGAAGCAGAUCCACAAGUACCUUCGAAACUGAAGCUGCAGUUAUUUCCAAUAAAUGAAGCUACGCGGAAGUCAUUGGAGAAGGAUGAUCAUAAUCCACAUCUGGAGCUCACAUUAAGUGCUAGGAAAAGAAUGUCUUCUGUUUUAGAACAUAUGAAUCGCAAGUGGGGCAACUCAAAUAUUGGAUGUGGAGAGCUUGUUCUUUUCCCAUAUUGUGCUCAUCAAGAGGAUUUAGCUACAUAUCAGAAGUGGACAACACGAGAUACUGUUGCAGUCGCUGACGUUUUUCGUUCGGUGAAUAGCCCCUCUAUUUUCCGAUUAAGGUAUGGCUGGUUUUCCCUAGCUGAGCUUGAAGCAGGACUAAGUGAAAUGUCGUUGACCCACUUUGAGAAUUGCAUGAUACCAGAAGACAUCCAGGUCAAAUCUUCUUCAGAGGCUUGUCUGCAAAAGGAUGGCACGUUGCUCAUUGACUUAGCUUCUGAGAAAGCAUCUUGUAAACCAAAAGAUCGGUCGUCGGCAUUGCUUGCUACACCAUCUAGUACAGGCAAGAAUGCCGAGGAAGAGCAGUCCAUGAAUGUUCCUGCAAACCAAGCCCUUGAGGUUGAUCCACAAAUGAAUUAUGUAGCAUUACCAGAAGUAGGCUGGGCAGAUACCCUCACUGAUAUCAGUGUUGGAUACUUGCUUACAGAAGCAUCCAAGGCUGCUAAUAUGGAUUGUGAAGCGACCUCUACUGUCAAAAAUGCUCUUUUCCAUGUUGAUCCUUGCAGCUAUGACUCGUUUGAUGCAGCUGUUGCCCUUCAUACCUCUCAUUAUCAAGCCGCAGAGCAGCCAGCUCAUACAUCUCACUCCACCAUCUGGGGUGCAGAAGAAACGUGUGAUGAGUUCAGUUUUAAGUUGGCCACAGCUAGGAAGCAAGAAGGUUCAAACACUUCAGCUAGCAGCCCUCCUGAUAGCGACAAUGAAGUUCACUCUUCAAAUUCAGAAGGGUUUCUAAGUUUUCUUGAGGACUUGGCUGGAAAAGAGACUCCUGACAAUCUCCGCGCUGAUGAUGCCAAAGAUAUAGAUGAACUUUGUCCCAAAUCGCCACCUCAAAACAACAAUGAUUCUGGAUCAAAAGAUCAGUCUCUCGCUGACAUAUUCUGGGCUGAUUCACUUGAACCACUGGACUUGGAUAUACCACCAGUGAGAUACCAAGCUGAUGACUUCAUCUUAGGAAACAGUGACAAUAGUUGGAAUCGGAUGAUGGAAAAUAGCAUGGAUGCAUUUCGGAACUUGUCGUUCUUUGCGGCAGAUAAUUUCGACUCAGUUCUGCCCAUCAUGUAGAGUUAUGGAUGCUGCGGGUUAUCUCGCGACGUUGGCUAGGAAGGAUACUGCCAAUGGCGCAUCCCACUGAGGAGGAGGCUUUAUAUUGCCCAAGCGAGCUGCUUGUUGCCAAUCCAACAUGUGCGGACUCGCUGUGCCUUUGUUGUCAGUAGAGACCCAUGUUGCUGUAAGGUUAUGACAUAAACUCGUGUACUGUGUAAAUCGUGUUGUUUCUGUACAAAAGGCAUGUACAAGCGCUUGGUUACAAUAAAGCUUCUCUUCCAUGUACAAGUCAUCAGAUUAUUUGACCAAUAGUUAAUGAGAUCGAUGUUUGGUUA